AUGCUAGUCAAAGAAAGUUAUAAUUACAAAUCAUGCAAGGAGAUAAGAGCAGACAUUAACGAUUCUCUGAGCGGCCUGUACUCCAUUCAGCCUGUUCUUGGUGGUAAAGUUAUCACUGUCUACUGUGAAAUGGCGAUUUCCAAUGGAAAACCUCUGCGCUACGCAAACUGCGAUGGCUCGAAAGAUAACCUUUUUGCCUUCCUGCCUAACCAUUCCGAGCUGCCUCCAAGCGACCGCAUUGCUGAUAAUUUGAUCUACGAGCGACAGGGAAUGGCAGUAAACUGGCGAAAUACCGCUGUGCCACCACCUUCAGGGCGCACCAUGCCAAAUGAGUUUUUCUUCCUGACAGAAGUGCAUAUAGGAGGAUGCGGCUGUUACACUUCCAGUGACCGUUGGACAGACGCAAAUGGGACUGCCAUUGGAUUUCGUUAAGCUUCAAAGGCGUAGCGAAAUACGUCAA